AUGAUUAAUUUAGUUAGUAUAGAUUUAUCAAAUAAUCGAAUAAAACAUAUAGCAAUUGAUGCAUUUACUGGAUUAUCAUUAAUUGAUUUAGAAUUAAAAAAAUUUACUUUUAAUAAAGCAAAUAGACUUGAAUCAAUUGAUUUAAGUUAUAAUCAAAUUGAAUAUAUACAUUCAUUAGCUUUUAAUCAAACAAUUCUUAAUUAUUUAAAUUCAGCUGGAAAUUUAUUUUCAUCAUUUGAUCAAAUAAAUUCAUUUUUUUAUAGUAUUCUAUCAACAAUUUCAACUUUACCAUUUUCGAAUUGUGCUAAUUUAUUUGAAAUAAAUUGGUUUAUUAUAACCAAACUUGAAAAAUUAUAUACUUUAGAUUUAUCAACUAUUCAUAAAACGAAUAGAUUUUGGCUUUAUAAAAAAAUUGAUGUUAAUCAUAGUGAUGAUGAUUCAUUUAUUAAUUGA